AUAAGUCAACCUCAGGAAACUCUUCUUUGACAUAUUGUGUACUACUUCUCUCGCAAGCUAAAUCCGACACCGGUAGCACUUGAUCAUGGCGUCCACCAUUGCUGUUCAAGAGAUCAGACUUGACACGACGUCUCACUCGUUGGACAGGUCUGAGACUCCAAGCCCCAUUGGACCACUCUAUGCAACCGGAUCCUCGUCGCCCUUGAAGGCUUCCACCACAUGGCUGCAGCUCAACAGUGCUGCGCCCAUCUACGUAAAGGUCCAGAAUGGUUCCACAGCUGCGGAAGAUGAGCCCUUCUCAGGAGCUAAGAAGCUUCGACACCUUCUCGAGAACACAGAUGAGCUCAUUGUCUGCCCGGGUGUCUACGACGGUCUUUCUGCGCGCACGGCCAUGGAGCUCGGCUUCAAGUCCCUUUACAUGACCGGAGCCGGAACAACUGCGUCUCGUCUUGGCCAGCCUGAUCUUGCCAUUGCGCAACUUCAUGACAUGAGAGAUAACGCCGAUAUGAUCGCCAACCUCGACCCCUUUGGCCCUCCUCUUAUUGCUGACAUGGACACGGGCUAUGGUGGACCUAUCAUGGUUGCCCGCACUGUCGAGCACUACAUUCGCUCUGGUGUUGCCGGAGCACAUCUCGAAGAUCAAAUUCUGACCAAGCGCUGCGGACAUCUCUCUGGCAAGAAAGUUGUGUCUCGCGAUGAGUACCUCGUCCGGAUCCGCGCGGCUGUCGCCACUAAACGUCGGCUGCGUUCCGACUUUGUGCUGAUCGCACGCACGGACGCACUGCAGUCUUUGGGUUACGAGGAAUGCAUCGAGCGGCUGCGAGCCGCGCGUGACGAGGGUGCCGAUGUCGGUCUCCUUGAGGGAUUCCGGAGCAAGGAGCAGGCGGCUGCUGCGGUCGCUGCACUGGCUCCGUGGCCGCUGCUGUUGAAUUCUGUGGAGAACGGCCACAGUCCCCUGAUCACUGUUGAGGAAGCCAAGGCGAUGGGGUUCCGCAUCAUGAUCUUCUCCUUCGCCACCUUGGCCCCUGCUUAUGCAGCCAUCCGUGAGACGCUGGUCAGGCUUAGGGACCAUGGUGUUGUAGGCACGCCUGAUGGAAUCACUCCUGUUCGUCUGUUCGAGGUCUGCGGAUUGCAAGACGCGAUGGAGGUCGACAAUGGCGCAGGUGGCAAGGCAUUUUCGGAGGGUGUCUAAUGUCAACCGUAUUUCCACUUUUGUAUACGCUCCUUGCCAUUCCUGGUUUCCCUUUCUGUCAAUUAGUCUGAAAACAUUUUACAUAGUAUCAUUCAAUUUGCUUGCCUCGCCAUCCAGCUUUC